CUGGAGUAUAUAAAGCGUGAAAAGAUUUUCUCCUGCGUCUCCUCAUCUGUCCUUCAAUCAGGAAGAGAACAAGAAGAUCAGCACAAUGGCUCCCAAAAAGGCAAAGAAGAAGGAAGCCGCGAGCUCCAACGUCUUCAGCAUGUUCGAGCAGUCUCAGAUCCAAGAGUUUAAGGAGGCUUUCACCAUCAUGGACCAGAACAGAGACGGCUUCAUCGACAAGAACGACCUGAGGGACACCUUCGCUGCCCUGGGACGUCUGAACGUGGGUAAUGAUGAGCUGGAUGAGAUGCUGAAGGAAGCUCCAGGUCCCAUAAAUUUCACCAUCUUCCUCAGCAUGUUUGGAGAGAAACUCAAGGGAACGGAUCCUGAGGAGAACAUUCUGGCCGCCUUUAAGAUUUUCGACCCUGAGGGAACGGGGAUCAUUAAAGGAGACGAGAUCAAAUAUCAUCUCAUGUCCCAAGCAGACAAAUUCACAGAGGCAGAAAUAAACCAGAUGUUCACAAACUUCCCGCUGGACGUCGCAGGAAACCUGGACUACAAGAACCUGUGCUACGUCAUCACUCACGGAGAGGACAAGGAGCAGGAGUGAGCCUCGCCCCGCCUCACCCGUGUGUGUGUGUGUGUUUAUGUGUGUGUUUGUGUUUCUUUGCCUUUGUCAAUAAAGAGUUAAAAACUCA